AUGACCAACACAGAUUAUUUCAAGAAACAAUCAAUUCUUGCUUCCACUCUAGAAGUUGUUAACAAGGUGAAUAACAAUAUGAUGAGUCUUUUACCUGGCAAUCAUAGGGUUUAUCUUUGUUCUGACUCUUUGUGUGUUGAAGAAGGUAACAUAGAGUCUCAGCUAGACACCUUUUCACCUGAUGUGGUGAAUGCUAUUAAUUGUUCAGGAUUAUCUAAUCACCAGCUAUUCUUGAAGGAAGGUGUACCGAUAAUGUUGCUAAAAAAUAUUGACCAAUCUAAUAGUUUGUGUAAUGGUACCAGGUUGCAGGUACGUUGUUUAGGUCAUCAUAUAAUUGAGUACAUUGUAUUGACUGGAGACAAAGUGGGUAGAGUUGUGCUUAUUCCACGCAUGAACAUAUCAAACAAUGACACUCUGCCUUUUAGAUUCCAAAGGAGGCAGUUUUCGUUAAUUGCAUCUUUUGCAAUGACCAUGAAUAAGUCACAGGGUCAAACACUGAGUAUGGUUAGGUUGUAUUACCGAAACCCAUAUUUACUCAUGGUCAACUUUAUGUUGCUCUAUCUAAAGUGA